AUGAGUAACAUAUAUAGCACCUCAAAAGUUUCUCAUGAGGUGUCUAUUCUGGAUACUUCCAAUGAUCUUCCUCUUCAAUCAGGGGUGACUUCAGCGUCUGCGACACAGCGUGAGAAUCCGGAUGUGUUUGAGGACAAAGUAUCUCAAGUCAUGUAUUCAUCAUCGUUAACGAAUAAUAUGUCGGAAAAGCAACCCAUUCUUAAAAAUAUACAACCAUUGGCGUACGGACAUCCGGAUCAGCUUGUGGACUCUUUCGACGGCCUAGCGUCUGAAAUUCCCAAAAGGAAUGAAUUAAUGAUGGAGACUGAAAAAUAUUCACAGGAUUGCCAUCGAAUAAGCUUAUCUAAAUUGUUGAACCAAGACGAACACGACAUAUUAAAGCAGUUUAAAUUCGAUGGGAGUUCGCCGAGCAUGUCUGAGCUGAGUCUAGACAAGCAGACUCGGAUAUCCGAAAGCAUAUGGCAGAGAAAACCACGUCAAUCUUACCGCACAAAAGAUAGCGAGAAAAAAGCGAAUGGCUCGUGCCAUAGGGGGGUUGAUUUUAAAUCAGUAAGUGAGGAUGAUUUACCGCUGUAUCUUCGCUUUUCGAAGACCAUUUCAACAAUAUCACAAGAAAUCGGCUCUAAAUUUGAAGAAGAUUCUCAGAAUGUCUCCACCGUUUUCCGAAAACGGCAGCGGGCAUCCAAUAUUCGAGCUUUGGAAACGUCAUCUGCCUCACCACAAGCAGGCCCUGUGACUCCUUUCAUAAAAAGAAAGUCACCUGAACACCAGGAGGGAUUGAAUAAGGAGCACUUGAUUGUGCCACAACCGUGCAUGUUACCACACAACAUGGCCUGUCUAUUCGUCGAGGUAUGCGGUGACGACUAUAUGGAUGAUGUGCGUGCAACUGCCCUGCGACACCUGCUUGUACGCUGGUCAGGGGCUAUAGAAACUGAAGUGUUGUCGGGUAUAUCGAAAGCUCCCGGAGUUGAGUCCUCUACUUCCCUUUUACCACCACCUCAUCGACGUAUCAUUGUUCUGAUGACAGACAACACAAGUGUGCUGGAGAAGAGUCUUUUAUGGUGGACACUUCGACCGUAUGCGGAGCAUGCAUUGAUUUUACCAAUUUUCGGAAUAUGUCCUAUCGGGGAUAAUGAUGAAUCUUCGGCUUCUGUCACAACAAGCAAGACAACAUUCAACAUUAGAGACACUCAUGAGGGAAAACGUACUUCUAAAGACAUAUCCAAAGAUGAGCUCAGUACCAAAGCGAUUCGGACUGUCAAGCAUAAUAGCUCGAAGCGGCAGCUUCAUAUGAGGUUGACGUUACUACAGGCAGUGGCAUUACAGCACCUGUGCAAUUCUUUUGCAGUUAAUACAUCCAACAGCUAUGCAUUGUGCUAUUCCAAGACAUAUUGGAAUGCCUUAAAAGCACUUGGUAUUCCUACUCACCACAUGAAGCAUACACUUGAAGAAUGCGUUCGAUGCAUUGAUAGGGUCUGCGCUGGUGCCACUAAAACUUUAAAAAAAGUCAAAACAGCGCCGUUAAUCUAG